GACGAUCUUCUUCGUUUCACGCUGUAAUUCUUCGAAAUUCCGAAACGAUUAACUAAGAAAAAUGGUCUCCGGAGGCGGUAGCAAACCCAGCGGUGGAGAGGCAGCUUCCUCAGGCCAUCGCGUCAAUCGGAGUCGUCACACCAGCGCAGAACAAGCUCAGUCGUCAGCAAGCAAAGCCCUAAGGUCACAGAAUCAGCAGCCGCAAAACCACGGCGCCGGAACGGAAUCCACAAGCAAAGCAAUUCAACAGUUCACUGUCGACGCGAGACUUCACGCCGUCUUCGAACAAUCCGGAGAGUCAGGUAAGUCGUUCGAUUACUCACAGUCUCUUAAAACGGCGCCGUACGAUCCUUCCGUACCGGAGCAGCAGAUCACAGCUUAUCUCUCCCGGAUCCAACGCGGUGGCUAUACCCAGCCUUUUGGUUGCUUGAUCGCCGUCGAAGAAUCCACUUUCACAAUCAUCGGUUACAGUGAAAAUGCGCGGGAAAUGCUAGGGCUCAUGUCUCAAUCUGUACCAAGCAUCGAGGAGAUAUCGGAGGUUCUUACGAUUGGUACUGAUUUGCGAUCUCUCUUCAAGUCAUCGAGCAUCGUUCUCCUCGAACGCGCGUUCGUGGCUCGAGAGAUCACGCUUCUGAAUCCGAUUUGGAUUCACUCUAAGAACACUGGUAAACCUUUUUACGCGAUUCUUCACAGGGUUGAUGUUGGAAUUUUGAUUGAUUUAGAGCCGGCUCGAACCGAGGACCCGGCGCUUUCAAUCGCCGGAGCAGUCCAAUCGCAGAAACUUGCGGUCCGUGCUAUUUCUCAUUUACAAUCGUUACCUGGAGGAGACAUCAAGCUUCUAUGUGACACUGUUGUUGACAGUGUUAGAGAUCUUACUGGCUACGACCGCGUUAUGGUGUACAAGUUUCAUGAAGAUGAACAUGGUGAAGUCGUAGCGGAGAGUAAACGGGACGAUUUAGAACCUUACAUUGGUCUGCAUUAUCCGGCUACUGAUAUUCCUCAGGCAUCUCGGUUCUUGUUCAAGCAGAACCGUGUUAGGAUGAUUGUAGAUUGCUAUGCGUCACCAGUUCGUGUGGUCCAAGACGAUAGGCUCACGCAGUCUAUAUGCUUGGUGGGUUCGACUUUGCGAGCUCCUCAUGGCUGUCAUGCUCAAUACAUGACUAACAUGGGCUCUAUUGCGUCGUUAGCCAUGGCAGUUAUAAUAAAUGGAAACGAAGAAGAUGGUAACGGUGUUAAUACUGGAGGAAGAAACUCGAUGAGGCUUUGGGGUUUAGUCGUUUGCCAUCACACAUCGGCUCGUUGCAUACCUUUUCCUUUGAGGUACGCUUGUGAGUUUCUUAUGCAGGCCUUUGGCUUACAGCUAAACAUGGAGUUGCAGUUAGCCUUGCAGGUGUCUGAAAAACGCGUUCUGAGAAUGCAGACACUGUUAUGCGAUAUGCUUCUGCGUGACUCACCCACGGGGAUUGUCACGCAGAGGCCUAGUAUCAUGGAUUUAGUAAAAUGUAACGGUGCGGCAUUUCUUUACCAAGGGAAGUACUAUUCGUUGGGUGUGGCUCCGACUGAGGCUCAGAUAAAUGACAUUGUGGAGUGGUUGCUUGCUAACCAUUCUGAUUCAACCGGGUUAAGCACAGAUAGUUUAGGCGAUGCGGGUUAUCCUCAGGCAGCUGCUUUGGGAGAUGCUGUGUGCGGUAUGGCAGUCGCGUGUAUCACAAAAAGGGACUUCCUUUUCUGGUUCCGGUCUCAUACAGAGAAAGAAAUCAAAUGGGGAGGGGCUAAGCACCAUCCUGAGGACAAAGAUGAUGGUCAGCGGAUGCAUCCGCGUUCUUCGUUCCAGGCUUUUCUCGAAGUUGUUAAGAGCCGAUGUCAGCCAUGGGAAACUGCUGAAAUGGACGCCAUUCACUCGCUCCAGCUUAUUCUAAGAGAUUCUUUCAAAGAGUCUGAAGCGAUGGACUCUAAAGCUUCUGCACCUGGGGGGGUUCAGCCACAUGGGGAUGAUAUGGCAGAGCAAGGGAUGCAGGAGAUAGGUGCAGUUGCGAGAGAGAUGAUUAGGCUUAUUGAGACUGCGACGGUUCCUAUAUUUGCUGUGGACAUUGAUGGCUGCAUCAAUGGGUGGAACGCCAAGAUUGCAGAGCUGACCGGUCUUUCGGUUGAAGAAGCUAUAGGAAAGUCUCUGGUUCGCGAUUUGAUAUACAAAGAGUACGAAGAAACAGCUGAUAGGCUUCUUUCUUGUGCUCUCAAAGGGGAUGAAGGCAAGAAUGUGGAGGUCAAGCUGAAAACUUUUGGUCCCGAGCUACAAGGGAAAGCAGUGUUUGUGGUUGUCAACGCAUGCUCAAGCAAGGACUACUUAAACAACAUCGUUGGAGUCUGCUUUGUUGGACAAGAUGUAACCGGUCAUAAAAUUGUUAUGGACAAGUUCAUCAACAUACAAGGCGAUUACAAGGCCAUCAUCCAUAGCCCGAACCCUCUGAUCCCUCCAAUCUUUGCAGCGGAUGAGAAUACGUGCUGCAUUGAGUGGAACACCGCAAUGGAAAAGCUCACAGGGUGGCCUCGCAGCGAAGUGAUUGGAAAAUUGCUUGUUAGGGAAGUAUUUGGGAGCUGUUGCAGACUAAAGGGUCCUGAUGCGUUAACGAAGUUCAUGAUCGUUUUACAUAACGCGAUUGGUGGCCAAGAAACGGAUAAAUUCCCAUUCCCGUUCUUUGACCGUAAAGGGAAAUUCAUUCAGGCUCUCCUGACUUUGAACAAACGGGUCAGCGUCGACGGUAAAAUCAUUGGGGCUUUCUGUUUUUUGCAGAUACCGAGUCCCGAGUUGCAGCAAGCUCUAGAAGUCCAAAGGAGGCAGGAGAGUGAAUACUUCUCAAGGAGGAAAGAGUUGGCUUACAUUUUCCAAUUUAUAAAGAAUCCAUUGAGCGGAUUGCGUUUCACAAAUUCAUUGUUGGAAGCUACGGAUUUAAACGAGGAUCAGAAGCAGCUUCUUGAAACUAGUGUUUCAUGCGAGAAGCAGAUCUCGAAGAUUGUAGGAGAAAUGGACGUCAAAAGCAUUGAAGACGGUUCAUUGCUGCUAGAGAGAACAGAGUUCUUCAUUGGCAGUGUCAUAAAUGCAGUGGUAAGCCAAGUCAUGUUUGUGGUGAGAGAGAGAAAUAUUCAGCUGAUCCGUAACAUUCCCGCGGAGAUCAAAUCCAUGGCUGUCUAUGGUGACCAGAUAAGGCUCCAACAGGUUCUGGCAGAGUUUCUGCUAAGUAUUGUCCGUUAUGCGCCCUUGGAAGGCUCGGUAGAGCUCCAUCUAUGCCCGGUUCUGAAACAAAUGGCUGACGGGUUCUCCGCUAUACGCUUGGAGUUCAGAAUGGCGUGUGCAGGGGAAGGUGUGCCGCCAGAGAAAGUGCAGGACAUGUUCCAUAGUAGCCGAUGGACAAGUCCAGAAGGAUUAGGGCUAAGCGUUUGCAGAAAGAUUCUGAAACUGAUGAACGGAGGGGUUCAGUACAUAAGGGAAUUCGAACGCUCUUAUUUCCUAAUCGUUAUUGAACUCCCGGUUCCUCUGAUGAUGAUGAUGCCAUCAUAGUGAGUGGCAGAAAAUGUUUUGGUUUUGGUCCGGGUAGGUUUAGUAGGAACUUUUGCUGCGGGGAACAUGUACGAAUAGUUAUAUAGUUGGGAACUAUUUUGGUUGAUUCCCUACACUGUACUGUGUAUAUUGUUAUAGUCUCUCACUCAUAGAAUGUAAGAGGAGUUCUUUGAUCAUAAUGUGUAAUAUCUCGAUUGGAGCGUUAGAGAUGUAAAAAGAUCUGAUAUUGGGGAAUCAAAGUUAUGCAGAUCU